UCGAUCUUAUCGCUCAUAUCUCUGUGGGAAUAGUUUUCCUGAAAUGGAACAGACAACACCGUGGGAACUACUGAUAGCAGAUCUACUGACAUUAUAAAUAGUCUACGAGCGAUGAUUGGCGCUGAAGCAAAGAUGUCUCCGAGCGUGGUGUUUAUUCUUGGACCUCCCGGAGCCGGAAAAGGUACUCAAGGUCAAAGGAUAGCAGAGACCUUUGGGUACUAUCACAUAUCUGCUGGUGAGCUACUGAGGCAGGAACAAGCGAAACCUGGGUCGAAACAUGGUGAACUGAUCGGAGAAUAUCUGCUAAAAGGUAAAUUGGUGCCAGCGGACUUGAUCUGUGAUCUACUCAAAGCUGAAAUGAACGAAGCAUUUAAAAACGAACAGAAGGACCGAUUUCUCGUCGACGGUUUUCCGAGAAACAUGUCCAAUCUAGAGGGUUGGUUCAGCUACGGCUUCAGCAAUGACGUCUUGCCUCUGAAAUUCGUGCUGUUCUUGGACUGUUGCUUGGAAGAAAGCCAGAAUAGGUGCUUGAAUAGGAGCUCAAAUGGUGACAGAAGAAACGAUGAUAACGUGGAUACCUUGAGAAAACGGUUCGAAACGUAUCUGAACUAUACAACGCCGGUUUUGGAGUAUUUUGCUAGAGAGGGGUUACUGAGGCGGGUCGAUGCUAACAGGAGUCAAGACGAGGUAUUUGAAGAUGUGAAAGUACUGUUUAGAUAAAUUAUUGUAUUUAGAAUACUUAUAGAAAAAUUAUGGACCUCGUAUGCAUUAUGAUAAUUCAUAUAAUAAACUGGUGAAUUACAAACAA